CGUGCACAUUCUGUAUCAGAGCAUCAGCAUGAUAAUAAUGGCGGAAUUAAUGAAUGAAAAUGAAACCGCUCCUCCGGUUGAGAGCGUCCAAUCAAACCAAGAGGAGACGGAGGCAAACGAUGACGUCGGAGCCGGUGAAAGUGACCUCGGGAGGUACAGGUCACCACGUUCUACGGUCGAUGAUGCGCAUAAUGACGAUGAAUUUGUCGUCGGUGCUGUUUCAGGAAAUGAGCCGGCGGUCGUUGAUGGGGAUGAUGGCGGCGAUGAUGGCGGCGAUGGGCAGCAACAUGGUGGGGUAGAACCCGUCCAAGGUGACGGUUCGUCCUCCCACCAACCACUCGACGUCAUGGCCAAGUCUUCGCUGAAACAGAGGAGUUCCAAAGCAAGACGGAACAACUCGGUGGACAACAACGGCGCGAGCAGCAAAAACGGCAACGGGGAUUGCGAUGACUGUGACGGUACCAUGCAGAAUGGUGUACGUGGCGAAAGAGUACGCACCUCGACAACCAAGAGAACAUUCCCCGUCGGCUUCAAGACAUUCGCUUUGCUCGUUGUACUGUGUUUCCUACCCAUCGGUUACCUGUGGUACAAGGAUGUCUUGGCUAAGCAGGUGUCCACCAAGUUGGAUGCGCCGCGAGUGAUUGAAGAUGAUGCCGGCAGCGCUGUGAAGUCACCGCGGAGGUUUUGGGGAACCUAUCGGCCGGGAGUGUAUUUCGGAAUGAAAACGAGGAGUCCACAUUCCCUGGUGACUGGCUUGAUGUGGUUCACCCAGUUUGGCAAAGAGAGGCAGUUACCGGUUCGCCACACAUGCGAACAAGGAGAUCAGUUGGCAAGGUAUGGAUGGCUGGAGCAUGACGGAGUCAACUUUGGAGUUCAAGAGAUGGUGGACAAGAAUUUCACCCUGAAGACGGAGUUUGUCAAGCAGCCUGGAGGGAGCCACGGUGGGGACUGGACGGCGCGCAUCAGCGGGAAAGCAAGGAACAAAGCUUCCAACAAGACCAUUGUCAGUCUCAUUUUCUAUACGGCUCUGGAUCACAAUAAUGGCGUGCUGCAGCCUGUGGUCAAGGGGAACCAACUCUUAGAAAUCCGCGGCGCAACAGAGGAACUGGGCAGCUUCUCCCUCAGGUUUCCUCCACUGCCCAACGUCACGGCCUUCCACUACGUCAGCACCUACAGCCCAAGUAUCCACCUCAGCAAGGAAGUGGUUAUGCAGAGUCUCAAACGGUACCCAUACCCAGGCAACAAGUUCAUGGCCGGCCUGGCCGGGAACAUCCUGGCGCUCAGGGGGAUCACGGACUACCAGCCAAACUUCAUGGCCCACCAGGUGACUCUCUCCCUGCCGUUUGAGAUGGAGGUCAUUUUUGAGUCGGCCAGCCACACCCAGCGCAGCGAGCCACUGUCUGGGGACGUAUUCACACAGCAGCUGAGACAGCACAAAGAUGCAUUUGGCCAAGCCUUUGAAGACAAGUUUGGACUGAAGGAGAAAGGAUACAAGAAGAAGGAGAUCAGUUUUUCCAAAGCUGCUCUGAGUAACAUGCUUGGCGGAAUCGGCUACUUCUACGGGCAGAGUACCGUGAGAUCCAAACACACACCGGAACCUGUCCAGUACUGGAAUGCCCCACUCCUGACGGCAGUGCCUUCCCGCUCUUUCUUCCCGCGUGGAUUCCUCUGGGACGAGGGAUUCCACAACCUUCUCAUCAGUAAAUGGGACCCGACCUUGAGUAAAGAAAUAAUUGGCCAUUGGCUGGACCUGAUGAAUACAGAGGGCUGGAUUCCCCGCGAGCAGAUCCUGGGCAGCGAAGCCCGCAGCAAAGUGCCGGAAGAGUUUGUCGUCCAGAAUAAUGAGAACGCCAACCCGCCGACAUUGUUCCUGCCACUUCAGUCUAUCUUGAGGGAUACGACCUCCAGCAAGAACGGCGACUUCUUGGAGUACCUGCAGCAUGUGUUUCCCCGGCUGGAAGCUUGGUACCACUGGUUCAACACCACACAGUCGGGUCCAAGGCCUUCAACGUAUCGAUGGCGAGGCCGUGAUGCAAUGACUGACAAAGAACUGAACCCCAAGACACUGACAUCAGGACUGGACGACUACCCCAGGGCCUCGCACCCCACUGACUCUGAAUUCCACGUGGACUUGCGUUGCUGGAUGACCCUUGCCUCUGGUGUCAUGGUGGACAUUGCCCAUGCAAUCAAGGUCCCAUCCCAAGCCUACGAAGCCACUUACAGACUCCUCAAGGACAACCGAAUGCUGGACAAGCUUCACUGGUCCCCAAAGGGGAAAAUGUACAGCGACUAUGGAAGCCACACUUCUGCUGUCAUGUUGAAACGUCCCCCAGUCCCACCCCCUCCCACUCCUAAGCCAGGUCAAAGGAGACUCCCGCCCCCUCCCAAACUGCCAAUGGUACGGGUCAUCACAGGGCAGAGUGGGCCUAAAGAGCAAUACGUUGAUGCCUUCGGCUACAUCAGCCUCUUCCCCUUCCUGCUUCAGAUUCUUGAGCCGGAUUCCAGCAAACUGGGUAACAUACUGACAGACCUGAAAGACCCCAAACUGCUGUGGACCAAGUAUGGUCUGCGCUCACUUUCAAAAUCGGACCCUAUUUAUAUGAAGUACAAGACGGAGCAUGAUCCGCCAUAUUGGCGUGGCGCCAUAUGGAUAAACAUGAAUUUCCUGGCCGUGCGCUCCCUGCAUCAUUACUCUAACACGCCUGGCCCCUAUCAAGACACAGCCGAAGAGCUGUACACAGAACUGAGACAGAAUCUGGUCAGUAACAUCAUCAAGGAGUACGAAAGGUCUGGCUACAUCUGGGAGAACUAUAACGACAGCACUGGCAAAGGCCAGGGGUCUCAUCCGUUCACUGGAUGGUCUGCUCUAGUGGUGCUCAUGAUGUCAGAAAAAUACUAGGCAAUGGCGGCCAGUUCAUUCUUUUCGUGACAUUCUGGCAAGCAUUCGCACCGCAGAUUUGCAAUUUAGUUGAACAUACAAAAACAUGUACAUGUACUUUAUCUCUGUCAAAUUUCGUUAUGAAUGUUUUUAGAUGCCAAGUAUGAACUGGCCUUAAGACUUAUGGAGGGAGAGUCAUUUUGUGUCACUUUUUAUCCCCUGGCUGUAAGCCAGAGGGGAAUAUUGCGAUAGCGUAUUCCUUCUGUGUGUAUGUCUGUAUGUCUGACAAGAAGUAUAAAAUUAUUACAGUGCUCACCGGAAAAUUACUCCCGAGCUUUCGGUGUAGUGAAGUGUUCUUUCAGCAAAACGAAAACAAAUCUUAUAGGGAUGUGUGUGAAUUGUUUUCGUUUUGCUGAAAGAACGCACACCUUUUUUGUGAUC